GGCAGUGCAAGGAAAACCCUCGAAGGGUUUAAUCGACGCAUCGACCAACUAUGACGAGAUGAAGUCUCUCCUCUUACUUCUCGGCUGCAUCUGUCUCGGGGACGGCGGACGCCGUUCGAAAUUCUCUUACGAAUGGGACGCGAACUACGAUCAGGGGUUCUUCGACUCGGGACCGACGAUGUGGCCGGAGUUCCAGGACGCGGAGAAGGGCCCCGUCGAGAACCCCGAAACCCACCAUCGCAUCAGACACGCCGAUAGGAAGUUCAGGUCCUCCGAGGAGCCCCAGGUUCCCGCCACCAUAAACUGGCCCGUCAAAAAGGAGGCCGUCGUCGAGGGCGACUUGGUCCUCGGGGGACUGAUGAUGGUCCACGAGAGGGAGGACUCGGUCACCUGCGGCCCCGUCAUGCCCCAGGGCGGCGUCCAGGCCCUCGAGGCGAUGCUCUACACCCUCGACUGGCUCAAUUCCAACGGCGACAUUCUUCCCGGAGUUAAGAUCGGCGCCCAUAUUCUCGACGACUGUGACAAGGACACGUACGGACUCGAGAUGGCCGUCGACUUCAUCAAAGGCUCGAUAAGCAACAUCGACGGUGCUGAGUACCAUUGCAACAAGACGGCAGUCCGGAAGGUUAUAAGCGGAGUCGUGGGAGCCGCGAGCUCGGUGACUUCGAUCCAGGUCGCCAACCUCCUUCGCCUCUUCAGGAUACCCCAGGUGUCGUUCUUCUCCACCAGUCCGGAACUCUCGAAUAAACAGAGAUUCGAGUAUUUCUCGCGCACAAUUCCCAGCGAUCACUAUCAGGUCAAAGCGAUGGUCGACAUCGUGCGCAAAAUGAACUGGAGCUACGUGUCUAUAAUUUACGAGGAGAGCAACUACGGCAUUAAGGCCUUUGAGGAGCUCGAGGACCUACUCUCCAAAUACGAUAUCUGUAUCGCGAUCAAAGAGAAGCUCGUGAAAGACUCAGGAGUUGCCGAGGAAACGGCUUACGACAACAUCGUACAAAAGCUCCUGACCAAACCGAGAGCACGAGGGUGCAUCAUUUUCGGCUCCGAUCAAGAAGUGGCUGGAGUAAUGCGAGCUGUGAGGCGAUGCAACGCGACAGGCGCUUUCUCCUGGAUCGGAAGCGACGGAUGGAGCGCCCGCGACCUCGUCAGCAACGGAAACGAGGCGGAAGUCGAGGGCACCCUUUCCGUCCAGCCACAAGCGAACCCAGUCAAGGGGUUCGAGGAAUACUUCCUCAAUUUGACGGUGGAAAAUAACCGGAGAAAUCCGUGGUUCGUCGAAUUCUGGGAGGAUCAUUUCAAGUGCCGCUACCCCAACGCCUCGUGGACGCCUCACAACGUGAAAUACACAAACGCCUGCACCACCGAGGAGCGUCUCACCAAGCAGAACACCGCCUUCGAGGACCAAUUGCAGUUCGUUUCCGACGCGGUGAUGGCUUUUGCCUGGGCCUUCCGCGACAUGCACGAGGAUCUCUGCCAAGGGAAGUCUGGACUGUGUGACGCGAUGAAACCCACCAAAGGAACGGAGCUGCUCAGAUACUUGAGGAAAGUUAACUUCACAGGUUUAAGCGGGGAUGAAUUCCGGUUCGACAAAAAUGGGGACGGACCGGCCAGAUAUAACAUAAUUCACUUCAAACAAGCCUCCCCGGGAAAAUACAAGUGGGUCAGAGUCGGCGAGUACAUGGAGGGCGAACUCCGGCUGAACAUGUCCGAAAUACAAUUUCGACUUGGACACCCCCUGCCACCGGAAAGCGUCUGCUCCCUGCCAUGCGAGGUUGGCCAGGCCAAGAAAUACGUCGAGGGUGAAAGCUGCUGCUGGCAUUGUUUCAACUGCACGCAGUACCAGGUCAGACAUCCCCUCGACGAAACCCAGUGCAUCCCCUGCCCGAAGGGCACCGUUCCAGAUGAAACGCACUCGACCUGUCGCGACAUCCCCGAGGAAUUCUUGCGCCCCGAAAGCGGAUGGGCGAUAGGCGCCAUGUCCUUCUCGGCUACUGGUAUUUUGGUGACCCUCUUCGUCGGCGGGGUGUUUCUCAGGCACAACGACACCCCCGUCGUCAAGGCGUCGGGGCGAGAGCUGUCCUACGUGCUACUGACGGGAAUCCUGCUCUGUUACCUGGUGACCUUCGCCCUUGUUUUGCGGCCAAACGACAUCGUUUGCGGGAUCCAGAGGUUUGGGGCCGGUUUUUGUUUCACGGUAGUCUACGCAGCUCUGCUCACGAAGACAAAUCGCAUAUCGAGGAUAUUCGACGCCAGCAAGAAGACCGCCAAACGACCCUCCUUCAUCUCACCGAAGUCGCAGCUCAUCAUUUGCUCCGGGCUCAUGAGCGUCCAGGUCCUCGUGAAUGGUAUCUGGAUGAUAAUCGACCCCGCGAGAGCCAUGCACCACUAUCCAACCAGGGAGGACAACCUCUUGGUUUGCAGCAGCUACAUAGACGCGAGCUACAUGAUCGCCUUCACCUAUCCUAUCAUCCUGAUCGUGGUCUGUACAGUUUACGCCGUUCUCACGCGAAAAAUACCGGCGUCCUUCAACGAGAGCAAACACAUCGGCUUCACAAUGUACACAACCUGCGUCAUUUGGCUCGCCUUUGUUCCUCUCUACUUUGGUACCGGAAACCACGUCGCCCUCCGGAUUACCUCGAUGUCGGUCACCAUAAGUCUCUCAGCCUCGGUGACGAUAGCUUGCCUCUUCAGCCCCAAGCUCUACAUCAUCCUCAUUCGGCCGGACAGGAACGUGCGGCAAAGCAUGAUGCCAGCCAGGUACAGCACGACCAAAAACUCAGCCGUAACCGGGACCAACGCAUCCAGCAUGAUGGCUGCAGUCACUUUGACGGCCGCCACUUGCGAUCAAAAUAAGGCCGUCAAGAGGCACGUGACGACGACCAUCGAUUGCUCGACGCAAAGCGAAUGUUACGAGAUGGAGGUGAGAGAGGAUCGCAUAAACGGCAAAGUUCAACCGAGCUUCGUAUCUCGUUCUACUCAGACCGAAUCAUCACCGUCAUCAAUGGACCAGGAAUUCGCAAGCACAACGAGCAGCGGCGCAGCCGCGGCCAAGGAACUAAUUUGCGCCAUAACCCCGAAGGAAAUUAUCGGCAAAGAUCAGUCGCGAACGGCGACGAUUAGGCAGAUCCAGAACAACGUCAGGAUAGGAAACGGACCCGUCAGCCAAAAGGACGGCCCGUUAUAGCAGGCAACGACGAUUAUUACGAGGUCGGCGACCGCCGCGGUUCUCCAGGUCGACAUGAAGCCCAUAUCGAAGACGCCGGUGGUCGUAUAGCUCAAUAAUUUAAUUAAACAAAUUGAAUAAUUACUCAAUAAAUUGAUCAACGUUUAUAUUCUAAUAUGUACCAUAAUAUU